AUGUCCAUCACGGGGGUGACUAUUUCCAACUUUAAAGAGUAUAUUUCGGUCGAGAAACAAUCACUCUCACAUCACGAUGUGAUCGGCUUCUUCUCCCCUUGGAGGCUCGCAAAGUUCCUCACCGCCAUAUUGUAUGUAGUGGUCCAGCGAGUCAUCGUCUUUCUAUUCAAACCCAGCUCACCCAAAGACGUGGAGAAGAUUCGCUUUCGCGGACGAGUCGCGGUCGUCGGAGCUGGUCUAACCGGCAUCUCCUCUGCAGCACACGCCAUUGCGCACGCGGACAACAAAGUCGGAGGUAUAUGGGCCAACGUCAAUUCGACAUCUGGGCUGCAACUCAACUCGAUGCUUUAUCGCUUCCACCCAGCCGUAAUCUGGAGCCGGGGAUUCCCAUUCCGUGACGAGAUACUUAGUGAGAUAUCUCGAGUUUGGAGGGAAUACAGAUUAGAGUCACGGACCCGCUUUAACACACGCGUGACCUCUGUCCGCCGCGCUUCACCUAUGGAUGUUACAGGAGAGACGGACCCAACAAAGGACGGCCAUGCACGAUGGGUAAUCAACGAUGGUGCAGACGGCAUCUUUGACGCCGUUAUCGUUACUGUUGGAACAUGCGGUGAUCCUUUGUGGGUAGAAUUUCCAGGCAUGCCCAAGCUGUCCGCGAGGGGGACUGGCCAACAGGACCCAAAGGUGGAAGAAGAUCAGGACUUUGGCACCUAUCGUGGGCCGAUCCUGCAUUCCUCGGAACUGGAUUCCCCAGAUGCCAGCCAAGUAAGGGAAAAGACAGUCGCAGUCAUCGGUAGCGGAGCAAGCGGCGUGGAAGCAGUCGAAACUGCUCUUUUUCGUGGAGCUACAAAAUGCAUCAUGCUGGCUCGCGAUGACAAAUGGAUCAUUCCUCGUAAUAUGUUUAUCGACGUUUUGAUCGCAAUGCAGCCAUUCGGGCGCGAAAUGCCUCUCAGCUUCCUGUGGGAAAAUUUCCUAGUGAAAUGGCAUUAUCGGGGUGUUCAAGAUUUGGUCCCACCCUACCGCGGUUUAUUCGAAGGAACCCCAGUUGUCAAUGACGAGUUCCUACCCCACAUCAGAUCUGGUGCAUGCGAAUACAUUCGAGGGGACACUCGCCGUCUUACCUCAAGAGGGGUCCUCAUUAACUCAAGACCGCGUCUAUCUAAGCCAGGUAUAGAUGGGGAGGAGCGAGAGAUUGCUGCAGAUGUCGUCGUCCUUGCCACUGGAUACAAGAACCCUUCGGUUGAAUUUCUACCCAAGGACCUGUUCCCUGAAGGAUACGAGCGACCCAACUUGUAUUUGCAAAGCUUUUCAACUGAGGAUUGGUCCAUUUUGCUGACAAACUCGGCUUACAAAAAUGCGAUCGUCCUCAUUCUUGAAUACCUUGCACCGCUUAUUGAGAGCAACUCGCCUGACAGCGGUCACUUUCACAUUGGAAUAUACACCCGUAUUCUCUUGACCCUCCUUAUGGACACCGGAGCGAGACCCUCGCCAAAGGAUAUGAAACUCUGGGUUGAUGUCGUUCGAUUCAUCAAGCACGGCGCGACUGGUGGUGCAUUCGGGUUCUUCACUUACAUGGAGCUUACCAUCUGGCUUGUAAUGUUCCACGUUCUACGACCUGACCGCCUCCGAUGGCUCCCUUUCAUUAUGUUUGGAUGGGGCGUUCGUCCGCAGUACAACGAGUUGUAG